AUGUGCACCCCCGAAAGCAACCACCAGCUCACAGUGUUCCGCGGCUCGCCGCCCAAGAACGCCUACGUCUGGUCCCCGUUCGUCACCAAGCUCGAAGCCAGGCUGCGCUUCAGCGGCGUCCCGUACCGCCUAGGCGGGGGCUCUCCCCGGUCCGCGCCCAGGGGAAAGAUACCCUACGUCGAGGUGGCAGGACCCGGACCCGGCGGCGAGCCACGCACAAUGGGCGACUCGACGCUCAUCAUACGCAGCCUCGUCGAGGCCGGCGCGCUGCCCGACGCCGUGGCCGGCUGGCUGGCGCGCCGCGCCGUCUCCAGCGGCCUGUACCAGCAGGGCACGGCGCGCCUGACGGACGACGAGGUGCGUCUGCUCAAGGAGGAGGCGUGGGACAGCCUCAACGCCCUGCUGACAGAGUCCGUCAAGACGAGCAGUCGCCAGAGGAGCAAGACCAACGACGACGACGCGCCGUUUUGGGUGCUGGGCGGCUAUGAGCCCACCGAGGCUGAUGCCACGGUCUACGGCUUCAUUGCUGGCGCUCUGGUCUGCACCGCGUGA